AUGGCGGACGACGUGGACCAGCAACAAACUACCAACACUGUAAAAGAGCCCCUGGAUCUCAUCAGGCUCAGCCUGGAUGAGCGAAUUUAUGUGAAAAUGAGAAAUGACAGAGAGCUUCGAGGCAGAUUACAUGCUUAUGAUCAGCAUUUAAAUAUGAUAUUGGGAGAUGUGGAAGAAACUGCGACUACUACAGAAAUUGAUGAGGAAACAUACUAUAUAUAUAUAAAUCAACAAAAUAUAUAUAGAUAUAUAAAUCAAAAGAUAUAUAAAUCAACAAAACGGAAUAUUCCAAUGCUUUUUGUCUGGGGAGAUGGUGUUGUACUAGUUGCCCCUCCUUUAAGAGUUGGCUGA